AGACGUCCAAAGACGAUCUUUUGUAUCGCGGUGUCAAAAUCACACCCGCAACAUCAAUUUGUUCUUUCGCACCGCGAGAAUUUCACAAUAAAAUUUGCACAAAGAAACAGUGCCAUCGCGGUGUUAAUGUUAUUUUGCGGAGUGUAUGUGUGUGUGAAAAUCUAUUAAUUUAAAAUCCAGCGAUAUCACACGCUUUUGAAUAAUAAAUAAUUUUUUAAUAAUGGGUCGCAGAAAAAAGAAUUCAAAAAAGAUUCCAAGCGUUAUUCAAAAACCGAACGAAAGUAAGAUAUCAGAAAAUUCGAACUCUGAGAAAAAAGAGAUAACAGAACAAAAAGAAGAGAGUUUGUCCAUUCUUGAAGUCGCGAUCGACGUUUACUCACGCUUGGAAUUACCACUCGUGCAAUCGAUGCGGCAUCGACUGUCGAACGACAGCGACGAAGACGAGGAGGACACCGUCGAAUUGAAGUUUUGGCCGCGUUUCGUCUUCGUGUCGAACUUGUGUCUAAUAUGCAUGGAACGAUCGGAGGAGACUUGCGAAUCUUGCGGCGUGGUUUCUUACUGCAGCGACAAACACAGGAAGCAAGACUGGCCGAAGCAUCGAGACUUGUGCAAAAUUCUGACGGAAGUCUGCACGACCGGGGGAGGCUUGUCGCUGCUUCCGGAACUUACCCCGGACGAUUAUCGCGUUUACCGUCUGAAACUGAUCGAGAUCGUGGAAUGUCGCCUGGGCAGAUGUCUCGAACUCUGGGAAAAAGAAAUUCUUCUUUAUCCUCGCGUUUGUUGCAGCUGUCGUAACUUCGGGAAAAUUCUAAAAUCCUGCGCCACCUGCGGAAUCGAGUUGUUCUGCGAAAAUCACAACGAUAACGAACACGAAGAGUCGAGAUGUCGAGAAUAUCAGGUGUUUCGCAGAGUGCUCUUCAUGCAGCACAAAAACGGCAACGUGGAUCCCGACAUGCCGGACAGUUUUCAAACGCAGCCGCUUCAUCUGACGAACGAUUUUGACGCGUUAAUGAUGCGACUCUACGGUCGCUCGCCAUAUUACCGCAACAUGGAUUGUUACACCUAUUGCUGUCUUUCUCAUAUAUUGACCAUUCCAUUAACAACUCUAUACUCAAUGCAAAUUUCUUGCCAGUGUUGGGAAUCUAUAAAUACUUUCGUGAUCCAUAUAAUAGGUGCCGAGUUUCAAUUCGAGUGCAUAAAUCUGCACGUGUGGGAGAAACUCUUCUUGCAUCUUCUUCCAAGUUUGAAACAUCUCAGAUUAAUGUUUGUUGGUCCGGAAUUGAGAUUGCCACCGGGAGUUCCGUUAGAUUUACUAACUGCCGUAAAGCUCUGUUCUGCUUGCAAAUCAUCAGAUCGGCGCGUGAACGUUUCCUUUCAUCCUGCGCAGUUCUAUCACGAAUUUUGUCGUUCAAAACAAUUUGUAAAACCACAUCUCGCGUGUCUCUUCAAUCCGGGUCUUUAUCGAGUUACCGGUUUCGAAGGCAGAGACACGUGGCCGGAAACAAUAAGAGAAUUCUGCAAAACCAGAGCUCCCGUUUGCGUGACGUCUUACACGAAACACGAAAUUCCUCGGGAAAUGAUAAGAAUAAAAUCGAUCGCUGACGUGGAAACAAUAUUGGAACCACAAAUAAAUCCGUUCGCAUCGAUCAAACCUGACAGAAACUUUGUCAGCGACGACACAGCGCCGCUUAUCUAUAAAAAUUACUAUCUCGCUAUCGUAAGAGGAAAUUCGUAAAUUUAUAAAAUUAAUUAAUUAAGGUAGUUAUCGCGCGACAAUUCUUCAUUCAAAAGUUUGAUUUUGCGCUACAGAAAAAUUAUUCUCAGAAUUUGAUUCAAAUGUCGCACGAAUAUUUCAGAUUCUAUUUUAUCAACAUGUCAUUAGUGUAUAAAUAAAUAAAAAAGUAGU